GAUUACAGCAUAUUUUGGAUUUUUAGAAAUUUGCCAGCCUAAGGCAGGCGAGACAGUGCUGGUGAAUGGUGCUGCAGGAGCUGUAGGUAGUAUUGUGGUGCAGAUUGCUAAGAUGAAAGGUUGCAAGGUAAUUGCCUUUGCUGGAUCAGAUGAGAAGGUUGCAUGGGUCAAGGAGCUAGGAGCUGACUAUGCCUUUAACUACAAGACAACAAAUAUUGGUGAAGCACUGAGUCAGGCUGCACCAGAGAACAUCAACUGUUACUUUGACAAUGUUGGUGGACAGUUUUCUGCAGAGGUGCUGCCUCAUUUAGCAGAUUUAUGCAGAGUGUCUGUCUGUGGUGCCAUCUCCACCUACAAUGAUGACAGCAAGGACAUUGGUGCUGUCUCUCUAACAAGCCCCUUCAGUGAAGCAACAUUAAUCUGGAAACAGCUUCGUGUUGAGGGCUUUUUAUGUUACCGCUGGAAUGAUCGGUGGACGGAGGGUCUGAAACAGUUACAACAUUGGGUAUUGGAGGCAUUUUAGUCGCCUCUUACAACAUGCAUGGCUUACAGAGGAAGAAUUCUGUUCCACUUCCCCAUGGAGAUAAGAGGAAAUAAAGAAUAAGAACUAGAAAGAAAAUAGAAGAAAACCCAGAGGGGUGUGUAUAUAUGUGCUUGUACAUGUAUGUGUAGUGUGACCUAAAUGUAAGUAGAAGUAGAAAGACAUACCUGAAAUCUUGCAUGUUCAUGAGACAGAAAAAAGGACACCAGCAAUCCUACCAUCAUGUAAAACAAUUACAGGCUUUCGUUUUACACUCACUUGGCAGGACGGUAGUACCUCCAACUUUAAGAAAUGCAGUUGAAUAAUAAAAAUUGCACGAAUUAUGUUCCUAAAGGUCUUGCAAAAUCUGAAUUCAUGAAUAUUUGUACUGUAAUACAAAAUUGUCAGCAUAAAAGCUUGUUUCAGAUGCCUUAUCUUUUAAAAUAUGCUAAUCUGGUUAAUACUGACAUUAAUGAAAGUCGCUGAAAAAAAAAAAAAAAGUUGGAGUGGUCAAGACAUCAA